UAUUUUUCGAGCUAUCUAUUAACUACCUAUUUGAGGAUAUAAUGUUAUGGUAAGUAAUGUAGACAUUCAAGUCUAAAAUAUAGGAAAUGAGCAAAAGGUUGGUCAAUAAUGUCAAAAAUGAACAUAGUAAUAUGUACAAAAUUAAGCCAAAAUUUGGUCAAAGAAAAUAGCAGAAACUAAGAUUAUAGAAAUGAUCCAAGUUAGGAAAGACAGACGACGUGAAACUUUUCUACUAUUUACCAUAAAAUAAAAGUUUCGAAAGUUUUGAGAAAAAGCCGUAUAAGAUGUGAGAAAACUAACAACAACUAUCGAGGUAUUAAUUAAAAAGUUAAUAUAAUAAAAAAUAUUGCUAAAGAAGUAAAUCAGAAGGACGCAAAAGUUCACAAAAAUAUUAAAAAGAGAAUAUCUGCAUAUCAAAAAGUUACGACAUUUCUCAGAGUUGAAGUAAACAGGAAGUGGAACAUGUCGCGCUUCACCAAUCACAACGCUGCCUGCUCACAUAGACCCAAUCACAGACGAGAUCGAGGCGUUUCUCCUGUCAUUCGGGCUGGCUUGGAGGUAUAGGACGCAACAGCCGAAAAAUACCGAUUCGUUGCUGAAGUAAAAGCCGGACCCGGAAGCUCCAGAUCCCGCAGCUCCCGUCGCUCAGAUCCGUGUGGGAGAGCGACGUGUCGUAGGCGCUGCGGCGGCGGUAGUAGCUGGUGUUCGAUGCCGUACAGGAGUCAAAAGAAAGGAGCCGAUUUUCACUCACGGUCAUGGAUGCAGAGAGUGGUCAGCUGGUUUUCGGCGGUUGUGUGGAAGCUGACAGCUGGCAGUUAGAUAGUUCCUUCUCCUGCUCUGAGUUCGUCUUCAGCGGCCAGGAUAAAACCUUACCGGACUGGGCAGUGGACCCUGACUGUGACAGUGAUUCGGAGGAUGUUCUCCAUGGCGUAGACCCAAAUGAGGUGUUUCCCAGCGGACCAAUGCCGGUGUCUGACCCCUCGUCGGAGAGCGACAGCGGUAUAUCUGAAGAUCGCGUUCCGGAGAAUCCUGUCGCUGUGGUGACAGAGGUGAUGACUCCGGUCUCUGCACAGCAGACGCCUUCAACUGUAUACCAGGUGGUUUAUGACAUCAGCGGACUACGAGCUGUGAAGGCGGAACCUGGACAAGAGAAUGUCAUCGCUAUAGAACUGGAUGAGUGGAGCUCUCAAAUGUUGUUUUCAGACUCCUGCGUUGUCAACGAGCUGCCGGUGGUUUCCGCGAAUGCCAACACUCCGACCCCAGCUGGUCACCACUACCACCACCACAGCAGUCUGCCCGUCAUGGAUCCUCUGAGCCCUGAGGAUUCUCUGUUGUACCCAGAGCUUCAGUUGACAGAAGAAGAACAGAAGCUGCUGUACCAAGAGGGGAUUUCUCUGCCCAACAACCUUCCUCUCACCAAGGCAGAAGAGCGUAUCUUGAAGAAAGUGCGGAGGAAAAUCCGUAACAAGCAGUCAGCUCAGGACAGUCGCCGCAGGAGGAAAGAAUACGUUGACGGACUGGAGAACAGGGCAGCAACUUGUUUGGCUCAGAACAAAGAGCUGCAGAGAACAGUGGAACGACUGGAGAAACACAACAUAUCUCUGUUGGCUCAGCUGCGACAGCUACAGUCUCUUAUCAAACAGACAGUCAGUAAAGGAGCCCAGACCAGCACCUGUUUACUGAUCAUCCUGGUCUCUCUGUCUCUAAUCAUUUUACCGAGCUUCAGUCCGUUACGACGCGACGCGUCGUCAGAUGACAGUGACUCCAGACCCAUAGGAGUUAUUUCCAGAAACAUCCUGACAGACCCCGCCUCCUUACAGCCUGUGGCAGAUGAAGGCGAGACCGGUUUGGACACCGUGUCUCUGUCCUCUUCAACUCUCAUUCAAUCAGAAGGGGUCGGAGCGGAAGCGGACGGGGGCGCUGUUGCUGCUGUUCACGAAGAGACAUUUAAAAGCCCUGAAAAUGUGGACGGCGACAUUUCAGUGCAGGAACGAAACAGCUCAGCGCCGGCCCACGGCGUGGACAGAGCAGCAGGAAAAAGACAGCGUGACGUGGCCAAACCUGCUCAUGCCGACGAGAUGUAAACUAACUAUGACACAAAAAAACAACAACCUUUUUUUUCUUUUUUUUCUUUCUUUCAUUUCGAGCCACAGGGAUGCAUGAUGGGACUUCUGUUUCAGACAAAGCAUCAUGGGAAACUAAUAUUUAGAAUAACCAGUGGGCUCAGAGGCUUUAUGUAUAUAUUUUAAAACAUUUCAUCACACAUUAAAAAUGUAAAUAAUAAGAAUAUUAUAUUAUUAAUAAUAUAUAUAUAUUAUUAUUAUUAUAUAUAUUUUAUUUACAUUUUUAUUAAUAUGCAGUUUUAGACAUGGCUGUUACAGGACUCUACAGUUACAUUUGAUCAAGGUGUUAACAUUAGAUAUUUUUACGACUUGAUUGUGGUAAGAGGUCAUGCCUUACAUUGGUUACUGACGGUCUUGGUGUAUGCAGUUUAUGCUCUCCCUGUAUGUGUAUGUGGAGGGGGCAGGGGGGCUCAAGGUCUUUGGUCUUGACCAACAGUUCAGAAUAAUGCAGUACAGUAUUAGGGUUCAUUGUUCACUGUCAGAAUUGACAACAAGUAUAAAUGUGAACGUCUCUAUGGCUCGGUGAUGGACUGGUCAACUGUCCAGGUUGUCUCCCACUCUCUCCCAUUAGAAAGGUUUGAAUGAUAAAUGGUCUGUAUUUAUAUAGUGCAUUUCUAAUGCUGAUGAACAGUCAACAGUGCUUUACACUACAGGUUUGCCAUCUACCCAGGGUGAGGUGUGAGGAUAGAAGGUAAAUGCGCGAACAUUUAGUUAAAAAUAAAUGUUUUCUUUUAAUGAUCAAAAAAAAAAACCAAUCCAAAUAAUUUAAUUGACUACAAGUCAAAAGUUACAAAUUAAUUUAUUUCUGAUUAUUUCGCAUAUAUGAAAUAUCUGUCAUUGUGAAGUCAUUUAAGUUGUGUUUCUUUUCAGAACUUUUUACAAACUUUUUUUUACAAAUAAACCUUUUACUUUCAUGCUCAGUUAUUUGGAAUUGUUCAAUUUUGUUCACCGCAGUAGGUUGACAAACCUGUAAUUAACAUUCAGCUGUCGCACCACAAACACGGGUCAUUACGAUGGUGAUGUCAUUUCCUGCACGACCUGUUAACACUUUCCUGAUAUCUUGUUAGAAAAUGAAACACCAAAAAAAACUAUGAUUAGUAGAUUUUUAUUGUCAUUACAUUAAGUAACAAUUUCCUUAUUAAGUUUCUUUAGACAUUAUAAAUGAGAAAUCAACAACAAUGAUUGAACCUCAUUCAACUCUAUACAGGAAAAGAAAUUGAAUAAUUUGUAAACACUAUUUGCAGAAAAA